UUUUAGCUCUGCAGACACGAGGUAAGCUGAACUGCAGAGAAUGUCGUGGAUAAAAACAGGACUGAUGGCAGUAUAUCUGACUGGUGUCUUCUUGAGUUUAGCUGACGAUCUCUUCCUCACCCCCAAGUCGGCCACUCGACUGAUCGGACAGCGACUUGAAUUAAACUGUAGCGUAAAUAAAGAGAAAAACUGCAAACGUGCCCGGUUCUUCUGGCGGCACAGACGCAUUCAUUUAAACAGCAAUGAAGACGCGGAAACGGAUAUUCGAGGUAAAGGACGGUUUUCAAUCAGCACUGAGUCGCUAUCGAGCUCUCUGGUCAUCACGGACUUGAAGGUUACAGAUUCUGGUUACUUCAACUGUUCUGUGAUGUGUGGGACGAUUAAAAUGGAGUUUAUAUGGAAGAGCUCACAAGUGGAGGUGAGAGCUGUCCCCAAACUGGACCUCCAUUACCAGACAUCAAGUGAAAACCCCAACAUCCUCCACCUGAUCUGCAGUGCUGUGGGCUUCUACCCUCCAAAUAUAACCCUGUCUUGGGACCACUCUCUUCAUGAAGUGACCCACCCUAUUCUGCCAGACGUUCCCACACUCCUUCAGGAUGGCACCUACAACAUCAGCUCUAUUCUGCAUGUCAAGACCUCUCUGUGGAUCUCAGGGGAAGAAAUUGGGUGUGUGGUGAACCACAGCUCUCUGACACGGCCACUGAGGAAGAAUAUCACGCGAGGAGGGACAAGAAACUGGCACUGGUACCUGCUAUUUCCUUUUAUCACAGUUCCUUUCCUUAUUUGCACUUGUUUGUUGGUCAAAAUUUGGAGGGCUCUUCAUGAAAGAGGCCCUUGA